AUGGUGAAACCGCUGAGGGAUCGGGACCGGGAACGGGAUCGAGAUCGGGACCCGGACCCCGACCCCCAUGGCACCGAGGGUCCCGGCCCCAUGAUGAGCUCCCCGCUCUCCCCGCAGCUCGCUGCGGCGCCAGCCGACGGCUUCGCCUCCUCAGACGAUGAGGCCGCCGAGGAGGACUCGACCCCGCUCCACAUCUCCUGGUUGUCUUUGUCUCCUCUCUACUCUUCAGAGUUCCUGGGAUUAUGUUCCCUUCCAGGUUGCAGGUUUAAGGAUAUCAGAAGAAAUCUUCAGAAAGAUAUAGGAGAACUAAAGAGCUGUGGGAUCCAGGAUAUCUUUGUGCUUUGUACCAGAGGAGAGCUCUCAAAAUACCGAGUUCCAAACCUGAUUGACAGCUACCAAGAGCACGGGAUGUGUGUGCACCACUACCCCAUUCCUGAUGGGAAUGCUCCUGACAUUGCCACCUGCUGCAAGAUCCUGGAAGAGCUCAGAACCUGCCUGGAAAAUAAGCAGAAAACAAUUAUACACUGUUAUGGUGGCCUCGGACGCUCAUGUCUUGUGGCUGCCUGUCUCCUGCUCCAGCUUUCAGACACCCUGGCACCUCAGCAGGUGAUAGAGAGCCUCAGGAACCUGAGAGGAUCGGGGGCCAUACAGACCAUCAAGCAGUACAAUUUCCUCCAUGACUUCCGGGAGAACCUGGCUGCACACCUGGCAGCAAAGGAGCCCGUGCUGAGAUCGGCAUCGCGGUAGCUGAUCCUGCCACGGGCAUCUUUGUGUCUGUGUGGAAAACUCCUGGACAAGACUCUUCUGCUGACCUUUCCUCAGUGCUACUGCCUGUGUGACACAGCUGCUGCCUUCCAAAUCCGUGUGUAAAGUAUUGGGAUGGGGGAGAAAAUCCUAGAGAAUAUGUGGCAUCUUCCUCUC